AUGGAAAGUGUGACCACAGAGAACUUGAAGGUUAAAAUAAGUGCAAAUUACAACUUCACAUUAGAUGUAGACAACAAAAAAUAUUCUCGCAGAAGUGACUUUAAAAUUUGUGAAAUUCUACAAUCCUCUAUUGUAAACUAUAUAUUCAAGUUCAUUUAUGCAUAUGAACCUUCUCAAAAUUUGUUGCUUUUAAGAAAUGGAACCGUCUGUGGUGUUUUAAAUGCGGUACAAGAAACAACUCAGAGAGUUUUGGCUGCAAGAAGGCUAAAAACUUUGAGCGCUGUAGGAAAUAGAACAACUGGAGCAAAAUCAAUGGAAAGCACAUGUUUUCGUGUAAUGGCUGCAUUUCAAGAAAAUGAUGCUGAUUUGAAAUUUGGUAUGUUCUACUUGAUCGAACGUAAAAAACCAAAAUCUGACUGUAUACAAAAAUCGGCAAAAUUAAUCGCAACAACUUUUGAUGAAAAUUUGUUCCCGGUUGAAAACGAAGAUGGCGAAUUUACUUUCAUCGAGGGUCAUUCCACCAGAAAUUUUCCUGAUUAUUUAUUAGACACAAAAAAAAUUGUAAAAUUUGAUCGUCCUUCGUUAUUUAAUUCGGAUAUUGGUGGCGAUAGUAAUGAUAAUAAUAAAGAUACAACAAAUCCCCAAAGAUCUUGGCCAUUAAAUGAAGUUUUAGAGAGUGGCACCCAUGUUUUGGUUACUCUUAAAAACGAUUCUAAAGCAAUCCUUUUACCUGUUUAUACUUCUUUUGAUGGUAAAAAUGCAAUAACUGCUAUCUUGAUUUGUGGAAUUAAUCCACGCCGUGCUCUUGAUGAAGAGUAUAUGGAAUUCUUACAUCUUGUAGUAAGUCAUGUAAGUUUGAGUUUGACUCAUGGUAGAUCGAUAGAAGAAGAACGAAAACAAGCUGAAACUUUAGCAGAUUUAAAUAGACAAAAAAUAAUGUUUUUUCAAAAUAUAAGUCAUGAAUUACGCACGCCAUUGACAUUGAUGCUUUCACCACUUGAUGAAGCGAUAUCUAGUUGCCCAGAUGAUUCCCCAAUUUUGUCACAUUUACAAUUAAUAAAUCGUAAUGCUCGCAGAUUACUUAAAUUAGUUAAUAUUUUAUUACAAUUUUCUCGCAUUGAAGCUGGAAAAUUGGAUGCAAGAUUUAUUGAAACAGAAAUAGCGAAAUUAACAUUGGAUUUAGCUUCAAGUUUUGAAAGUAUGGCUAAAUCACUGAAUUUAGAUUAUAUUCUUGAUAUUCCAGACCAAAAGACUCUUGAUAAUCAAUUAACAAAAAAAGUUUUUAUUGAUCGUGAUAUGUAUGAAAAAAUUGUUUUUAAUCUUUGUUCCAAUGCUUUUAAACAUACCUGGAAUGGAAGUGUGACAGUUCGUUUAUAUCCUGAAAAUAAUGAUGGAAAAGAAUUUAUUUUAUUUGAAGUUGUUGAUACAGGAGUGGGUAUACCGGAAAGUGAUAAACCAAAAUUAUUUCAAAGGUUUUAUCGAGUGGAAUCACGCCAAUCACGUAGUCACGAAGGAACAGGAAUUGGGUUGGCGCUGGUGAAGGAGUUGGUUAUAAGACAUGGAGGUGAUAUUUUGGUCGAGUCAAAAGUGGAUGUAGGAUCAACCUUUAAAGUUUUAAUACCUACAGGCUGGGACCACUUGCCACAAAAACAAAUUUAUUUUAAAAGUGAUGAAGAAGAGGAAGAUGGCAAUGCUUUAUUUUUUAUAAAAAAUGAGAACAAUUAUGAUAAUAAUUUCAAAAAAUUGUUCACGGAAAAAGAUUUGUAUCUUGAAGAGUCUCAUCAAUGGAUACAAAAACCUCAAUCAUUUGAUAAAAAAGAAAACAUCAAAUCAUAUAAUAAAUUUGAUCCGAGUAAUUGUCUAGAUUCAAAUAAUAAUAAUCAUAUUUUUAAUAACAGUAUUGAUGUAAAUAUUGAUUUAGAAGAUAAAGAAUUGAGUAACAAGUACAAGUAUCUGUUGGCCUUUGAUGACGAUUCAUUGAAACUUUAUGAAAAAUAUAAAGUAUUAGUAGUCGAUGAUAAUAAUGAUAUGAGAGUUAUAUCAACAUCUAAAGGUCGAUUUAAUAAUGAUAUGUUAUUAUUUUUAAAUCGAGAGGGAUAUCUCGAGGAAUGUUAUUUUUCAUUUACAUUUAGUCCGAUUUUUGACAAACAUGGAACCGUCUGUGGUGUUUUAAAUGCGGUACAAGAAACAACUCAGAGAGUUUUGGCUGCAAGAAGGCUAAAAACUUUGAGCGCUGUAGGAAAUAGAACAACUGGAGCAAAAUCAAUGGAAAGCACAUGUUUUCGUGUAAUGGCUGCAUUUCAAGAAAAUGAUGCUGAUUUGAAAUUUGGUAUGUUCUACUUGAUCGAACGUAAAAAACCAAAAUCUGACUGUAUACAAAAAUCGGCAAAAUUAAUCGCAACAACUUUUGAUGAAAAUUUGUUCCCGGUUGAAAACGAAGAUGGCGAAUUUACUUUCAUCGAGGGUCAUUCCACCAGAAAUUUUCCUGAUUAUUUAUUAGACACAAAAAAAAUUGUAAAAUUUGAUCGUCCUUCGUUAUUUAAUUCGGAUAUUGGUGGCGAUAGUAAUGAUAAUAAUAAAGAUACAACAAAUCCCCAAAGAUCUUGGCCAUUAAAUGAAGUUUUAGAGAGUGGCACCCAUGUUUUGGUUACUCUUAAAAACGAUUCUAAAGCAAUCCUUUUACCUGUUUAUACUUCUUUUGAUGGUAAAAAUGCAAUAACUGCUAUCUUGAUUUGUGGAAUUAAUCCACGCCGUGCUCUUGAUGAAGAGUAUAUGGAAUUCUUACAUCUUGUAGUAAGUCAUGUAAGUUUGAGUUUGACUCAUGGUAGAUCGAUAGAAGAAGAACGAAAACAAGCUGAAACUUUAGCAGAUUUAAAUAGACAAAAAAUAAUGUUUUUUCAAAAUAUAAGUCAUGAAUUACGCACGCCAUUGACAUUGAUGCUUUCACCACUUGAUGAAGCGAUAUCUAGUUGCCCAGAUGAUUCCCCAAUUUUGUCACAUUUACAAUUAAUAAAUCGUAAUGCUCGCAGAUUACUUAAAUUAGUUAAUAUUUUAUUACAAUUUUCUCGCAUUGAAGCUGGAAAAUUGGAUGCAAGAUUUAUUGAAACAGAAAUAGCGAAAUUAACAUUGGAUUUAGCUUCAAGUUUUGAAAGUAUGGCUAAAUCACUGAAUUUAGAUUAUAUUCUUGAUAUUCCAGACCAAAAGACUCUUGAUAAUCAAUUAACAAAAAAAGUUUUUAUUGAUCGUGAUAUGUAUGAAAAAAUUGUUUUUAAUCUUUGUUCCAAUGCUUUUAAACAUACCUGGAAUGGAAGUGUGACAGUUCGUUUAUAUCCUGAAAAUAAUGAUGGAAAAGAAUUUAUUUUAUUUGAAGUUGUUGAUACAGGAGUGGGUAUACCGGAAAGUGAUAAACCAAAAUUAUUUCAAAGGUUUUAUCGAGUGGAAUCACGCCAAUCACGUAGUCACGAAGGAACAGGAAUUGGGUUGGCGCUGGUGAAGGAGUUGGUUAUAAGACAUGGAGGUGAUAUUUUGGUCGAGUCAAAAGUGGAUGUAGGAUCAACCUUUAAAGUUUUAAUACCUACAGGCUGGGACCACUUGCCACAAAAACAAAUUUAUUUUAAAAGUGAUGAAGAAGAGGAAGAUGGCAAUGCUUUAUUUUUUAUAAAAAAUGAGAACAAUUAUGAUAAUAAUUUCAAAAAAUUGUUCACGGAAAAAGAUUUGUAUCUUGAAGAGUCUCAUCAAUGGAUACAAAAACCUCAAUCAUUUGAUAAAAAAGAAAACAUCAAAUCAUAUAAUAAAUUUGAUCCGAGUAAUUGUCUAGAUUCAAAUAAUAAUAAUCAUAUUUUUAAUAACAGUAUUGAUGUAAAUAUUGAUUUAGAAGAUAAAGAAUUGAGUAACAAGUACAAGUAUCUGUUGGCCUUUGAUGACGAUUCAUUGAAACUUUAUGAAAAAUAUAAAGUAUUAGUAGUCGAUGAUAAUAAUGAUAUGAGAAAUUAUCUUGCAAGUUUGUUAAGUAAACUAUUUGAUGUUUACACUGCUUGUGAUGGAUUUGAUGCUCUGAGAACCAUGGAAAGUCUUCCUAGAUUGCCUGAUUUGGUUUUAAGCGAUAUUAUGAUGCCAAAUAUGAACGGGUAUGAAUUAUUACAAACUUUAAGAUCUAAUAUAACAACCCAAUCGAUUCCUAUUAUUCUAUUAUCUGCCAAAGCGGGUGAAGAUGCUAGUAUUGAAGGAUUGGAAAAAGGAGCCGAUGAUUAUUUAACAAAACCAUUUAGUGCAAGGGAGCUGGUUGCACGUGUAAAAGUUAACAUUCAACUUUCAUUUCUUCGUCAACAACUUAUCCUUCAACAACGUAGACAAAUUGAAACAAAGCAAUUAUUGUUCUCCAUUAGUAGUAAAAUCCGUGCUAAUAUUAGCAUAAAAGAAACUUUGACAACUGCAAUUGAAGAAAUCCACAGGGUUUUACCUUGUGAUAGAAUAUAUGUAGUAUCAGCCGAAAAUCAAAAAUAUGACAAUUCCAUUAUCACCGCUUAUGCUGCUACUAACCCAAAUGAAAAAAAUCUGACUGGUCACAUAGUUCGAUACGUUGUAGAAGAGGAAUUAAAUAAAUUGCUAAAAUUGAAUGAAACAGAUCCAACUCCCGAAAUUGAGGCUGCAUUGAAAUCCUUGAAGAGCAUUGAAGAAUUUAUGAAAACAAAAAAUGAUAAUAAUUCGGAUUUGGAGGCUACUGUAUUCAAGGAUUAUUAUUCUGCGAUAGUGGAUUUCAAUGUUUCAAUUAUAAAUGUGCCAAUAAGGGUAAAGAAUUAUAUCUGGGGAUGGUUAAUAGCCAAUAAAGCGUCAAAUUCUAAUUGGAGUAAUUCAGAAAGAUUAUUUCUACAACAAAUUACUAAUCAAAUAGGUUUGGCAAUAAUCCAUGCUGAAUUGUUAGAAGAAAAAUUGAAACGUGAGGCACAAAUGGAAGCUGCAAAAGCUGCCAAUGAAGCUAAAAGCCAAAUUUUAGCAAAUACUUCUCAUGAGCUACGUACACCUUUGGGAGCAAUUAUAGGAGUUUUAUCAGCAUUUGAUGAUACAAAAUUGACUGAAGAUCAAAAAGACAUGAUUCAAAUAAUGACAAGAGCAUCAGAUGUUGUAUUGUCGGUGGUUAAUGAUAUACUUGAUGCAGCUAAAUUAGAGGCUCAAAAGGUGACCUUGAUGAAUCGUACUUUUGAUCUAUUUGAUUUGAUUCAGAAAACUAUUGAAAUAUUCGGCGAAAGAGCAGGAAAUAAGAAAAUUGAAUUAAUCUUGAGUUGUGAUCCCGCUUCUUUACCAAAAUAUGUUAAAUCAGAUCCAGAAAGACUUCAACAAAUUUUAAUGAAUUUAUUAUCUAAUUCAAUCAUAUUUACUGAACAUGGUGAAGUAGUUUUAAGUGUUUCUAUUACAACUUCUGAAAAAAAUAGUGAAGAAACUAGUGAAAAUAACGACUCUACUAAUAAUAAAAAAGGCAUUUUACUUGUUGAAAUAAAAGAUACAGGGAUUGGUAUUGAAUCAUCAUUUAUGAAAGAUAUUUGGGAAAGUUUUUCUCAGGGUGAUCCAUCAUUAACGAGAAGACAAGAUGGUACAGGAUUAGGAUUAUCAAUAUGUAAACAUUUGGUAACAAUAAAUGGUGGAACAUUGAAUGUACAAAGUGAAUUGGGUAAAGGAAGUAAAUUUUGGUUUACAUGGAAUGUUGAAACAUUAUCAUUAUCAGCAAUACCUGUCACUCCAAUUAUCACUACUACUACUACUAACAAUAGCAAUCUGAUCAAUAGUAAUGAUAAUAUGGCCAGUUUUGUACCACAACCAACUGUUAGAUUAAAACGUGUACUGAUCGUGGAUCCAGUUGAAAAUUCACGUAUUUCAUUGGUGAAAUUGAUUAGUGAAAGCGUUGAAAGAAUAGAUGCAUUUGAAUGUAGUCAGAAAGGUACUAUUGCUGUGAAAGAGUGGCAAGAAAAAAAUAAAGAUCUGUUAUACGAUAUAGUAUUUUUCAAUGUUAGAGAUGAAAAUAUUGAAGAGGUCAAACAGUCUUCUAGAGAGUUGCGGAGAGUCUGUGGUGACAAUUUAUGUAUAAUACUGAUGGUGUUUUGGUCUGUUAAUGGUAGGUUAUUGGGUCAGAAGAUGGUCAAAGAAAUAAGAGGUCAUGUUGCUGCUUUGUGUAAGCCUAUUAUGCAAAAAAGAUUGUUGGACUGUCUACAUAACACUGAAAUAUUCAAAUCAAAAUCCCCUUCACCUCCAUACACAAAUAAUAAUGAUGACAUUAAUAAUGUUGAAAAAUAUUAUCAUCAUAACAGACCAACCAAAACCAUUACUUCUGGUAUAGAAGCUGAUUCAACAUCAAUAAUAACAAAUUAUGAUAAUGAUGCAAUGCUAAUUGAUAAAAAAUCUAAUUUUGACGAUUUUGAAAAAUCAGGCAAUAACCCAGAGUUUAAUUGUAGUAUGAAAUCCGAAAAAUUUAAUUCAAAAUUAAAGCGUUCAGUUGACAGCGAAUCCAUCUAUUCGUUAAAUAAUGAACGUUCAUCAAAAUCAAGAAAUAGACCUACUUCAAAAUCCAAAUGUGUUUUAUGUGUGGAAGAUAACCCUAUCAAUCUAAAGGUUAUUCAACAUCAACUAACAAAAUUAGGAUAUCAAUCUUUAUCAGCAACAAAUGGCCAAGAAGCAGUUAAUUUAAUGAAAUCAGAAUGCAUGGAUUCACCUGAUGAUAACAUAUAUGAUGGGGAAUCAGCUGGGCUUUCAUCUGAUUCUGAUUCUAAUUAUAACAAAAUAUCAUUGAUUUUAAUGGAUUGUGCAAUGCCUGUUAUGUCUGGGUUUGAUGCAUCAAAAGCUAUUAGAGCAAUGGAACCACCAAUAUCACAAAUACCAAUUAUAGCAUUAACAGCAUCAGCAGUACAAGGCACAAGAGAUAGAUGUCUUGAAGCUGGCAUGAAUGAUUAUCUUACUAAACCAUUGAAAAUUGGACAACUUAAAGAAAUGUUGACUCAAUGGCUUGGGGAAGAUUAA